AUGAUUCUCGAAUCUAAUGAGUUUCAACGUGAAAACACGUUCGAACCACCGAUGGAAAACACUGGCUCAGGUUCCGGUGGACGAUGGAAACUUCAAUGGAAGUCUACUGAUCUUUAUGGUAACCGUUCCGGAGCCACAGCUUCAUUUGCGCCUGAGUCCUCUAUCAAACCGGUGUUUGAACUGGAACUAGUUGAGGUAAUUGACGAGGAACCGACCUUUUUGCUCGCGGUAAAAAACCAAUCCCCAGGGGAUGUUUUAUUACGAUCCGCGAGUCUGAUGAAGGACAACACGAAACUGUUGUCUAUUUUGGCCGGAGGUGAAGUGACCCGAAUGAGUCCCGAACACAGUCGGGUAAAGGAGUUCAAACUUACCCAUCCGUAUCCGAGCCUCGAACAGAUCGAGUUGUUCCUUAGUGCUACGGCAUUCCUCUCGGGUGAUUCCACGAUUGUACACGAGCGAUACAGUUUUGUCAGAAAUACUCCAACAGAUGAAGAAAGUUGUUUCAGAACAGAGAUCGAUUUCAAUGAGCUACCAAAGUUCGAGAUCCCGAAGGUGAUAACAAGUUUGUACGAGAAUAAUUUCAAACACAGUGCCACAUUUGGACCAGAAGAAAUUGAACUCCUCGCUAAGGUGGAAAAGGCGAAAGAACUUUUCGUACGAUCGAGCGAAACUUAUAAGCAGCAGUUAACCCUUCUAAACCAAAUAGAAGAUGAGCAUCUGAGACAGCAAUUUAGCGACUACAGUAUUGACAAUCCUAAAUUAGUGGACACCUGUGAUGCACAAAAGCGAAUUUACACCCUUUCGAUGAAUCAAUUCAAGCAGAGACCUUCAAUAAUUGGUGCCCUCACAGAGGUCCAUAUUAUGGUGAAAAAUAAAGACGUAAUUUCCCGAGGUAUCAUAGACCGAAUGGACAAUGAGACAGUGUUCAUCAACAUGUUCAGCUCCAUAUCCGUGGAUGAUGUUGAAAGAAUCGAAUUUUGUGCCAAUCGGACAUCGUUUCAACUAGAAUACCGUGCGCUAGAAUUACUCGACGAGACAGUUGUCAAGAAACUGUUUUUCCCCGAAACAAUUGGUGCGAAUAAUGUGGAACAAUUCACAAAUUUCCAAUGUUUUCGCAAUAGGAUUUCAUCAAACAAGGAACAGAUGCAGGCAGUGAAGAACAUCGUGAACCGCACUUCAUUUCCUGCUCCGUAUUUAUUGUUCGGGCCACCAGGAACUGGUAAAACUUCGACACUGACGGAAGCGAUUUGUCAGAUUCUUAAGCUACGUCCAAACUCACGCGUACUGGUAGCGACAGCUUCGAACUUCGCUGCCAACGAAAUCGUCAACAGACUCUUGGAAUUCAUUCCCUCUGAUGAUAUCUUCCGCUUUUUCUCUAAGUCACGUGAGAGCAAGAUGGAUGGUAUCAAUGGGGAUCUGUUGGGUAGGUCCAACUAUUUCCGUGGAUCUUAUGAAGCUCCUUGUUACGAAGAUAUUUAUGAUACCAAAGUGGUAGUCUGUACUUUGGCGACAGCUGGAAGGCUUGCCCAGGCGGAUAUAUCGCAUCACUUCGACUAUAUCUUCAUCGACGAAUGUGGUUGCGCGAAGGAGACGUCAGUGCUAGUUGCUAUCGCUGGAAUCGGAGCCAGCGAGAAGGAUAUCAACGCACUUGUCGUUCUUGCGGGUGACCCAAAACAACUCGGACCGGUAAUUACGUAUGGAUUUCUCAAAGGUACUAGUCAAAGUACUUCUAUGCUGGAACGUAUGAUGGAUCAAGAGAUUUAUCGCAAAGAUACUUCUGGUCGGUACAAUGCCUUGGUUAUUACGCAACUAAGGGAUAACUAUCGUUCUCAUGGAGCGUUGUUGAAACUUUCGAACGAUAUGUUCUACGAUGGUCAACUGAGAGCAAUGGCUUCCGAAGAGGUAGCAAAUUGGGCCCUCGGUUGGGAUCGUCUACCCAACCCUUCGUUUCCAAUGAUCUUCCACCCGAUCAUUGGUCAAAACGUGAAAGACUUAGGCUCCACUAGCUUAUACAACCAGGAAGAAGCGGACCAAAUAAUCCACUACAUAGAGGAUUUACUUUCGAGAGGCGUGAAUGGAAAACGUGUCGAACAGAAAGAUAUUGGAAUAAUAUCGCCCUAUGCUCGCCAAGUGAAUCACCUGAAAAGUCUAUGCCAAAAAUACGGUUGGAACGAGAUCGAAAUCGGAUCCACUGAGCAAUAUCAGGGUCGGGAAAAGCUUAUCGUGUUGAUAUCCACCGUCAGAUCGCAGUGUCCCACCGUUGGGUUUCUGGCUGAUGUCAGACGACUCAAUGUGGCCCUCACGAGAGCCCGCGCUCUUUUGAUCGUCGUUGGAGACCCAACAACAUUGGAGCGCAACAAACAUUGGAGGAAAUUUCUCACAUAUUGCAGGAACAAUCGAGCGAUGUUGGGAUACGACAGCAUGCCCAGAAAUGGAAACGUGUUUGCAGUGAAUCAGAAUAUUUCAUUAGAUAACCCGAGAAGUCAAAUAAGUUCACAAUAUGCAGAACAACGAUCGUUAUAA